AAAAAGUUUUAAAUUUGGUUGGCUUUUUUUUGUACCUACAUUAGACAGCAAAUGAUAAGAAGACAGAUAUGGCUGUGGACCUCUUGAUGAAUUACAGAAACGGAAAUUUCACCGCAGAAAUGGAAGAUAACGUAGUUCAAGAGGCCGCGUCCGGGGUCGAGAGCGUCCAGAAACUCAUCAGGUUGCUAUCUCAAAACCAACAGCAGCAACAGAAUAAUCAUCAGGACAAGCCUUCAAGUUCCACAAGAUCCGCCAUGGAGUUGGAUUUGGACUGUAAAGCUGAGGCGGACGUCGCAGUUUCCAAGUUUAAGAAAGUGAUUUCCCUCCUGGGUCGAACCAGAACCGGGCAUGCCCGUUUUAGACGAGGCCCUGUUGUCCCCCCUUCUGCAUCAUCUUCCCCUGUUAGCCUGAAACAAGAAACAGAGCAAGAAACUAAAGUUUUUCAUGCAACACCGAUCCAGCAGAUUCCGAUACCGGUUACUUUUCCUCAACGGGAUUUCUUGAUGGGUAAAAACAUGAGAUUGGAGACAAAAGAUUCAUCCACUACCAUAAAUUUUUCAUAUUCUUCAGCUGGGAAUUCCUAUGUGUCGUCCCUGACUGGAGAUACUGACAGCAAGCAGCCGUCCUCUUCUGCCUUCCAGAUUAUGAAUCUUUCUCAAGUUUCUUCAGCUGGAAGGCCGCCGCUUUCUUCUUCUUCUUCAUUUAAGAGUAAGUGUAACUCCGAGCACUUGGGUUCCGGCAAGUGUGGGAGCUCUUCUAGUAAAUGUCAUUGCUCCAAGAAGAGAAAGCUGAGAUUGAAGAGAGAGGUAAGGGUUCCGGCAAUAAGCUUGAAGAUGGCUGAUAUUCCACCGGACGAUUACUCCUGGAGAAAGUACGGGCAGAAACCCAUCAAAGGAUCUCCUCAUCCAAGAGGGUACUAUAAAUGCAGUAGUGUGAGAGGAUGCCCAGCUCGCAAACACGUAGAGAGGGCCGUUGAUGAUCCAACAAUGCUCGUUGUCACCUACGAAGGCGAGCACAAUCACUCUCUCAACAUCGCCGAGACUGCUGCUCUGAUCCUCGAAUCAUCAUGAAACAGAACACAUCUGUCAUUGCUUCAACAUUGACAAUGAUCCAGUUCUUCAUGAACAGUUACUGUAGCAGUAUAAUACAUAAGCUGAAGUUUAGUAAACCCAAAAAAAAAAAAAAAAAAACUCAACUUCAUCUCGAAGGAGAUUUAGUGGGUUUGUUUGUUCAUUCCCUGUUCCACCAUGUGCAGGUUCAAAGCAUAUUUUUCUUUAUGCAAAACCAUUGUCAUUUGUCAUGAUGAAUGAAAAGAAAAAGUGGUGGAUUUGGUAUUAGAUUUCCCUUUUUGUUAAUUACUUUGUCUUUGAUUUCUCUUUGAUUUCUCGUUUUUUGGAUGCCUACGUCUUACUUUUUUAUUGCAUUAGUGGAAGCAAUUUGAAUUCCAAUACAGAGAAAAACUGUGUAAGAAAUUUCUUGUUUUUUG